AAUCUAAACAGUGUUAUAACCUCUUUGCACUCAGUCGCUUUACGUUCGCCGCGGAAGCUCGUCCCUUCGCCGGCGACAGAUUAAAAAAGUGAGCUGUCAAAAAUUGGCGGGAAAACAGUUCGAGUGACAUUUGAUUAGUUUUUUUUUUGUUAACUUUUUUCGUGUUUUUUUAAAUUAAAUUUUUCGUCUGCAAAAUGUUUCUCAAAGCGAGUUUGUGUUUGAUCCUAUCACUCAUCACACUGUCAUCAUGCCAGAAAGAUGACGAGAUCAUCCGACAAGACUUCGAUGGUCCUCACGAAGACGGAUCCUACAGAUGGGCUUUGCAAACAUCUGGAGGUAUUUACCACGAGCAGACUGGUGGUCUGGAGCCAAACAGCGCCGGGGAGCCGAGUCUGCUGGUAAAGGGGCAGUAUCAGUACACGGCACCUGAUGGCCAGGUGAUAAAUGUGCUGUACACAGCCGGAGAGAACGGGUUCGAAGCCCGGGGCGACCACAUACCCACACCUCCGCCGAUACCCGCUGCAAUACAGAGAGCUCUCGACUAUUUAGCGACUAAACCGCCAUCUACCGACUAUUAGGAUAAAACUUUCAUAAAUACACUACCGGUAAAUUCGGGUUGACCCAAAUUCUAUUCAGACUAAAAUGUAUAUAAGGUGUUCUAAAAGUAUCUGCCACGGCUUUAAUGGGAGGUAGUGUUGUGUUAGAAGAUUACAAUAGUGAAGAAAUUUCGUACCCCGGACCAGUUAAUUCAAUUUGAGAACAUAAAGAAGUUAAAUAAACAUUGACUCUACUCUGUAUAAAGUGGUUCAUAAAUACGCACGAUGCGUCGCUUUGUCUAUGAAAACGACAUGCUUUCUUAUGUGUUUAUUCAUAAAAUAUUGUAUAUGUAUAUUAUUAUGUUAAUAAUAUGGCCAGUGUAUAAAAAGUACAAAAUUUUAUUAAAUUGUAAAUAUACCUAAGUGUAGAUUUUAAGGUAUUUUCUUUAUAAGAAACUAACUAAUACCAGCGGCUUUGCCCGCUUUGUAAAUUGAAAACAACGCCAUCUAGUGUCGUCAAAAAUUUGUAAAAUAAAUUUAAUAAAAUAAUUAAAAUUUUAUAAA